GUAAGAAGACAUGCCACCGUUGCCAUUGCCGUUGCCGUUGCCUUAUAAAGUGGCUUUAAGAUUUCUUACAAAAUUUAUAUUGUUACCAACCGAACAAAGAAAAGAAAGACAGAGAGACAAGGCUUGUUAUCCAUUUGUAGUCGUCCUUCUCCGCUUUGGAUUCUAACAACUCAAGGUUAUAAAUCCUGUCUGUUUGUGUUGGUUUACAAGUGUCCUGCUGAAGGUGUAUCCUCUACACCGUGUCUCAGCAUUCUUAAGGUGAUUUUUGACCGAGAAACCCAGGGAAUGCUGCAUGAUGUUCCUUAGUGUUUGGCAGUCCGUCUUUGAAGCCCAUCAGGUUCCGUCUUUGUUGGAUCCACCCUUCUUUGCUCUUGAUGAGAUUGGAUUUGUAAAUUAUUCUUCCUCUUGCUUUUGUGCUCAAAAGCAUCAUGGACCUUCAAGUUGGUAUGAUCUAUGUGAAGACGGUUGAGCCAUUUAUGCUUUUAUAUAUAGAUCUUACUUUCUAGUUUGAUAAAACAUAUAGGAGGAGUGUUGUAUAUCAUAGAGUAUUAGCAGUUUUAGCUUGGGAUGGAAAAUAAACCAAGUGUUUUGACAAAGAACUAUGAAGUGGGGAGAUUGCUUGGCCAAGGCACCUUUGCCAAGGUUUAUUUUGCGAGGAGCAUCAGAACGAACCUGAGUGUAGCCAUUAAAGUAAUUGACAAAGAGAAGGUCUUGAAGGUUGGGCUUGUUAAUCAGAUCAAGAGAGAAAUAUCUGUAAUGAGACUUGUUAGACACCCUAAUAUCGUGCAACUUUAUGAGGUCUUGGCUACCAAAAGUAAGAUUUACUUUGUAAUGGAAUAUGCUAAAGGUGGUGAACUCUUUGACAAGGUUGCUAAAGGAAGGUUAAAGGAGGAUGUUGCCCAGAAAUAUUUUCAACAGCUGAUCAAUGCAGUUGAUUUCUGUCACAGCAGGGGUGUUUAUCAUCGUGAUAUAAAGCCAGAGAAUCUGUUGUUGGAUGAGAAUGAGAAUCUGAAGAUAUCUGAUUUUGGAUUGAGUGCCCUCACUGAAUCCAAGCAACAAGAUGGACUACUACACACGACUUGCGGGACACCUGCAUAUGUUGCUCCUGAAGUGAUCAACAGGAAAGGUUAUGAUGGCACUAAAGCUGAUAUUUGGUCCUGUGGCGUGGUUUUAUUUGUGUUAUUGUCUGGUUAUCUCCCAUUUCAUGAUUCAAAUUUGAUGGAGAUGUACAGGAAAAUUGGCAGAGCAGAGUUCAAAUGCCCUAAUUGGUUUCCAACUGAUGCUCGUAGGUUGUUGCGCAAGAUCCUGGAUCCAAACCCCAGUACAAGGAUCUCCAUGGCUGAGAUUAAGGAAAGUUCUUGGUUUAGAAAAGGGUUGAACUCUAAACAAAUUAAAACUGGAACAAAAAGCAAGGAGGUAGCUGCUUUGGAUUGGAAUGGUUCUGGUUCUUCUGAGAAUAGCAGUGUGGCUUCUGAGGCAAAGCAAGAGUCAGCCAAACCUCCCAGCUUAAAUGCUUUUGAUAUCAUUUCCCUUUCUGCUGGAUUUGAUCUAUCUGGAUUAUUCGAGGAAAAUUAUCAGAAGAGAGAAGCAAGAUUUACUUCUAUACAACCGGCUUCAGUCAUCAUCUCUAAACUGGAAGAUAUUGCUAAGCGUCAAAAGCUGAAGGUGAUUAAGAAAGAUGCAGGUUUGCUGAAAUUGGAAGGAAUGGAAGAAGGUAGAAAGGGGCCAUUGUCUGUUGAUGCUGAGAUUUUUGAAGUGACUCCAAAUAUCCAUUUUGUGGAAGUGAAGAAAUCUAAUGGAGAUACGCUAGAAUAUCAGAAGAUAUUGGAAGAAGCUAUAAGGCCUGCUCUCAACGAUAUUGUUUGUGUCUGGCAGGGUGAGCAAGAACUGCAACAGCAGCAGCAGCAACAAUCAAAUUGACCAAACUAGCAGCAUCAGUUUGCUCGAGAUAUUCUCUCAACGCCAAUUUUUCCGCGAUAUCUCAUUUUUGUACAAUUUCUUGAACUUCCUAUUUUUGUACUUCCAUGCUUGUACUUGUAAGUGUUAGAGAUGCCUCCGGCCUCCCUCAAUAAACUUUAAACUUGCUCGUA